GAUAAGUUGUAGUAGUUGGUAGCAUCAUUUGUUCGCACGAUGGCGUCAGGCGGUGAAAAUACGACAGAAGAAAGAACCGAGCCAUCAGCUCCGGCACAACCCCUCACCAAUGUUGUGAGUGAAACAGCGCACAGGAUAUUAGCAAUGAAUAAGGAUUCUGAUCUAUCUGGUGUACCGCCAAAGAAAUCUCGAGUUGAGGUACAAUCUCUACCAACGAGACAAUACUUGGAUCAGACCGUAGUUCCAAUUUUGUUACAAGCACUGUCAACUCUAGCUAAGGAAAGACCUGCCGACCCUAUUAGCUUUUUAGCAGGAUAUUUGUUAAGGAACAAGAGCCAAUACGAUAAUGGUGAAUCUCCACCAACUAGUCAAUGAACUGCCUAUCAAUUUCUAAGUUGAUGAAUUGUUUAUAAACAUUUACUGACUUUUUAUAGACACUUAUUGAUAUAGGGAAAUAUUUAAAUUGGACAAGGCGCAUUUGUGUAAUUUCAAAUUAAAUAAAAUAUGUAUUAGCUUUUUUAUCAUGCGAUAGUUCUUUGAGUGAUUUUCAAUGUCAGUAACUGAAGUUACCAUUUAAUAAUCUCUAUACAAUUAAUUUCCGUUUUCCAUUUUAUGCGUAUGUCAAUACUUCAAAUUUGUACAGGUUAACCAUGUUACAAAGACAUUAAAUAUUUUCAAUAGUUCAUA